UGCUUCCGGGAACAUGGCCGGCUAAACAAUGACAGAAGUCUUUCUCCUCAAAAUCAAGAAGAAACUUUUCGAAAUGCAAACUACUUGGCUUAACAAAAGUGUUUGGACUCAGUGCGUGCAAUUAGGUCGUUUAUUUGGUUUACUUCUGCAUGCAUGUUGUUUAAGGUGAUGUUUGAGUCGGAGUUAACUAACUUGGCUAUCUAGCCAGCGAAGGUAGACAACUUUUCACAUUCAGCAGAAUUAGCCUAACGCUAGCUAGCAAAUGGGAAGUGGCUAACAUGUCAACAUAGCUAGGAGCAUAAGUAUUGCUAUUGGCUGCUACACUUGAAGCCCGCAACUGAUUUAUUAAGUUCCACGAUCGAGAAAUGGAGAGUAGACACGUUGCAGUGCUGGCUUGUGUAACGUAGAUGCGUUUGUUAUUUUUAUCGGGGUGUCUCGCUGGUUGAUUGCUAUGUUCUCGCAGCUGCGUACAGCUGUCUAACUAGCUUGAUUUACACUAAUUUCAAUGGCUCACUGCAGUUCAGAUCCAAGUGGGAAGGUACCAGAUAGCUCAGUGUUGAUGGCAGGAUCUCCUGGAAACGUUGAUCAGGCAAUGAAGCCGGUGUUGUUUGAAAUAUUUGGAGAGUUUUGGAACGUCCAGGCCCGGCUCGGGCAAGGCGUCUCGGCCUCAGUAUACCGUGUGAGCUCGGGGAGGGCGAGUACGGCCGCGGUUAAGGAGUUCCAGGCUGACACUCAGAGCGGAGAUUACGGGUACCAAAAGGAGAGGUCCGUGCUGGAAGACAUCCAAGGACACAAAAACAUCGUAACGCUGUACGGGGUGUUCACCAACCGCAGCCAGGUGGGUGUGGCCACGCACUGCCUGCUACUUGAGCUGCUGGACGUCAGUGUGUCUGAGCUGCUUGUGAGGGCCAGUACCCAAAGCCGAGCCUGCAGCCCCCAGUGUGGUGGUUCCCAGAAGCAGGGCCACUCCAUGUGGCUGGUGCAGCACUGUGCCAGGGAUGUCCUGGAGGCCCUUUCCUUCCUCCACAGAGAGGGCUACGUCCAUGCCGACCUCAAGCCCCGCAAUGUGCUCUGGAGCGCGGACGAUGAGUGCUUCAAACUCAUCGACUUUGGCCUCAGCUUCAAAGAGGGCAACCAGGAUGUGAAAUACAUCCAGACAGAUGGGUACCGUGCCCCGGAGGCUGAGCAUCAAUACUCCCUGGCCCAGGCGGGGAUGGAGGGGGAGGGGGACUCUGGCUGCUCGGCCGCUGUGGACCUCUGGAGCUUGGCAAUCGUCCUGUUGGAGAUGUACUCAGGCAUCAAACUCAAAGACACCGUCAGAUCACCCGAGUGGAAGGACAACAGUGCAGCAAUAGUCGACCAUAUCUUUGCCAGUAACAGUGUGGUGGUUCCUGCCAUCCCUGUCUAUCACCUCCGAGACCUUAUCAAAAGUAUGCUUCACAACAACCCCAAGCACAGAGGCACAGCCGAGAAGGCCCUGCUUAGCCCCUUCUUCAGCAUUCCUUUUGCUCCUCACAUAGAAGACUUGGUUCUGCUUCCCUCUCCUGUUCUGCGCCUGCUCAACCUGAUCGAUGACGGCCACCUGCACAAUGAGGAGGAGUAUGAAGACAUCUUGGAGGACAUGAAGGAAGAGUGUCAGAAGUAUGGCUCUGUGGUCUCUUUGCUCAUCCCCAAGGAGAACCCAGGCAAAGGACAGGUGUUUGUAGAAUACGCUAACUCAGGCGACUCCAAAGAGGCCCAGAGACUGCUGACGGGACGGACCUUUGACGGGAAGUUUGUCGUUGCCACAUACUACCCCCGGAGUGCUUACAAGAGAGGCUAUCUGUACCAGACCGUGCAGUGAACACACACACACACACACACACACACACACACACACACACACACACACACACACACACACACACACACACACACACACACACACACACACACACACACACACACCGUCUGCUGAAGAGCACAGGCCCGAGGCCUCAGUCAGUCACUGUCAUGAUGUGUAUAAUCAUCAGAUCACCACUCUGCUUUCUGCAGCCUCUAGAGCCAGAGUUAACCUAGUAUGUCCUGUAGCUUUACUGUAUGUAGCAACAGUCUGCGAAAGGAAAGAUUUGUAUAAUCUAAUCUUCCAUGUCCUGCUAUGGGGAUGUAGACUGCUGGAUGCUACUGUUGACAGAUUCAGAUGGGUCAUAUGUUUAUCAUAGCUGGCUUGACUUUUGAUAAAUGGAUCCUCACUGGCCAAAGCUGCACACUGUCCCACGUUGCACACUGUGCUGAUGUCAAACCCUGAACAAGAUAAUUACUUUAUGUCCACCGGUCUUGUAGAGCACAAGUACAGUACCAAGUACCCUAUGGGUUUCGUAAACCCAGCAAGCAGUUUGGAUUGAAUAGGGCUCUAGCUUUCUUUGUACUCAACGGCUUGAAUAUCCUAUAUUUAUUAGUGUAAUUGAAACCGUUCCUGAUUGAUUGAUCUUGGGUCUCUCUUGUUAAAAGCUGAGCCACAAUUUCAUCUUGUCCAAAGUUACCUUCCCAUGACUUAUUUUUCUAUGAGAUGUUUGUUUUGAGACUUGAAUUCCAAAGGUUCCACUCCAGAUCAUCAGUAGAAUCACGCUCAGUUCUAGAACGUUCUGAGCCUAAACUCCAACCACUCAACUUCAGCACUUUUCUGUGGUACAUGGAAAAUAUAAAUUUCUUUGUAAUUUCUGACAUUUUUAAUCUGAUUUCUACCUUAUAUAUUAUUAUUACAUUUUGUCCAAGUUGACCCAUAUACUACUUAUACUCCAGAAUGGCUGCGCUGAUGUGCGUGGAAGUUAACUGUUUUUUUUCUCUCUAUAUGUUAUGAAAGGGAUGGGUUAUUUCCUUAGCACUUGUACGAUACAAAGCAACAAGCUUACUUUACAUUCAGAACAGAUGCAUAGGGUUUUCAGUUGAAUAUUUCAGUUGAUGAGCAUUCGAGCUGACCGUUUCGUAACACAGUAGCCUACAUUCAGUUCUACCUGACCUCUGUGAGUUGGUCUACAUGACAAACCAAUGUGUGAGAGCUGUACUAGUGUAGGUAUUUGUUGAUUAUGGUGAGAUUAUAGAUGAAUCCAAUACUGCAGAGUUUUGUGUCCUAUGUCGUGUGUGGGAGAUGUUGAAAUUAACUUAUCAGUUCAGUGCAUGCAACAUUGUUAUGUUAGGGGCAGUAUUUAUUCAGACAGUCUUGACUCUUCCCCUUGUCUGUCUGCUGCUCAUAUUUAGUCCAAUAACAUUUUGAAUCUAAAGCGUAAAUCAUAGUCCACAGCCGCUGAGACUCGAUAGUCCGGUGUCCCAUUGUGACAUAGCUAUGCAGCUCUGAGACACCGUCCGCGGGGACACACAGCCCGAACGCUCACCUCCCAACAAUUCCCAGCCAACACGGCUAUUCAUUUGAAUGUGUUGACAGUUGGAGAAAAUGCUUGUACUGCCCUGAGAAUUCUAAAGUAUGAAAGCCCAACUGUCCAAUAUUCUAGAACACUGCUGUGCGUACACGUACACAUUUUGGACUAUGAUGGACGCUUCAGGUUGGGCACAGAUGCUUCUGAAUGAGUAGGCUGGCAUUGAACAGGCUAAAGCUCCGUCCUGCCUGCCCAGUCUCUCCAGAUGUUUGAGAAAGAGACCAUAUAUUAACAUGAGCAGAAACAACAUUCUGGAUAUUCUGCAAUUUACUCCAUUUGUAACUUACACUUCCAGUCAACUGGCACCAUGCGACAACUGUCGAGGCUGGUUGAGACAUUGUUGACGACAUCCUGCCUAAAUGUGAAAGCACUGACUCUAGGACUUAUGGGUGACCGGUCAUAACACCAAUAUGUGAGGUGAUCCCAUACCAAAUGUAGUCCGCUGCCUUCUGUGUGUUAUCUAGUCUAACACUGUAAUGCUCCCAUUUAGACACAGCACACUGUCCCUUCACAGUGUGUUAUUCAAAGUAGGUCCUGAUCUCCACAACCAUGGCGCAUGAUGAUGACAUUUCUUUGUGCAAACAUUUUCAGGGAGCUUCUUUGUUUUUCGUUUCCACUUUGGGUCCGUUAUCCUAAUGCAGUGUCCGUUUCUUUACUUCUAUGUCUUCUGAUAUACUAAUAUGAAAACAUUCUAUGUAUCUGAUAACGCUUUUAGAUAGCUGUAAUGGAUUUGUGUGCAAGGCGGUAUCUAGUGUUUGUCCAUCUUGCUAGCUAUGGGCUAACUUCUAUAUGAUAUUUGUUGUAAUGGCAGCGAGUGUAAUGAGAGUUUUAGCAUGCAGGUGGCAGAGCAGGAUUCCUCUGGACAGUGACUAUGCAGUCAAUACUGAUCAGGGAAAACCAGUACAACUACAUAGGUACAGACACUACAUGGGAAGGAGAGAGAAAGAUGGAGAGCGACAGUAACAGAGGGAGCUGUGCUGUAAGUCCGAGUACAUACAGUUGAAGUCGGAAGUUUACAUACACUUUAGCCAAAUACAUUUAAACUCAGUUUUUCACAAUUCCUGACAUUUAAUCCUAGUAAAAAUUCCCUGUCUUAGGUCAGGUAGGAUCACCACUUUAUUUUAAGAAUGUGAAAUGUCAGAAUAAUAGAAGAAUGACUUUCAUCACAUUCCAAGUGGGUCAGAAGUUUACAUACACUCAAUUAGUAUUUGGUAGCAUUGCCUUUUAAAUUGUUUAAAUUGGGUCAAACAUUUCAGGUAGCCUUUCACAAGCUUCCCACAAUACAUUGGGUGAAUUUUGUCCCAUUCCUCCUGACAGAGCUGGUGUAGCUAAGUCAGGUUUGUAGGGCUCCUUGCUCGCACAUGCUUUUUCAGUUCUGCCCACACAUUUUCUAUAGGAUUGAGGUCAGGGCUUUGUGAUGGUCACUCCAAUACCUUGACUUUGUUGUCCUUAAGCCACUUUGCCACAACUUUGGAAGUAUGCUUGGGGGUCAUUGUCCAUUUGGAAGACCCAUUUGCGACCAAGCUUUUACUUCCUGACUGAUGUCUUGAGAUGUUGCUUCAAUAUAUCAACAUAAUUUUCCUCCCUCAUGAUGCCAUCUAUUUUGUGACGUGCACCAGUCCCUCCUGCAGCAAAGCACCCCUACAACAUGAUGCUGCCACCCCAGUUCUUCACAGUUGGGAUGGUGUUCUUCGGCUUGCAAGCCUCCUUCAAACAUAACGAUGGUCAUCAUGGCCAAACAGUUCUAUUUUUGUUUCAUCAGACCAAAGGACAUUUCUCCAAAAAGUACGAUCUUUGUCCCCAUGUGCAGUUGCACACCGUAGUCUGGCUUUUUUAUGGCGGUUUUGGAGCAGUGGCUUCUUCCUUGCUGAGCGGCCUUUCAGGUUAUGUCGAUAUAGGACUCGUUUUACUGUGGAUUAGAUACUUUUGUACCUGUUUUCUCCAUCUUCACAAGGUCCUUUCAUGUUGUUCUGGGAUUGAUUUGCACUUUUCACACACAAGUACGUUCAUCUCUAGGAGACAACGCGUCUCCUUCCUGAGCAGUAUGACAGCUGCGUGGUCCCAUGGUGUUUAUACUUGUGUACUAUUGUUUGUACAGAUAAAUGUUGUACCUUCAAGCGUUUGGAAAUUUCUCCCCAAAGGUGGAUCCAGACUUGUGGAGGUCUACAAUUCUUCUUCUGAGGUCGGCUGAUUUUCUUUUGAUUUUCCCAUGAUGUCAAGCAAAGAGGCACUGAGUUUGAAGGUAGGCUUUGAAAUACAUCCAUAGGUACACCUCCAAUUGACUCAAAUGGUGUCAAUUAGUCUACCAGAAGCUUCUAAAGCCAUGACAUCAUUUUCUGGAAUUUUCCAAGUUCUUUAAAGGCACAGUCAAUUUAGUGUAUGUAAACUUCUAAUCUACUGGGAUUGUGAUGCAGUGAAUUAUAAGCAAAAUAAUCUGUCGGUUAGCAAUUGUUGGAAAAAUUACUUUUGUCAUGCACAAAGUAGAUGUCCUAACAGACUUGCCAAAAAUAUAUUUUGUUAACAAGAAAUUUGUGGAGUGGUUGAAAAUCGAGUUUUAAUGACUCCAACCUAAGUGUAUGUAAACUUCCGACUUCAACUGUACCAUGCUGCUUUGAGCCCGAGACGUUCUUUAGGCCACAGACUAUUCUCAUCUCUAGUUAGAUGUUUCAUAUCCCGGGGCUGUGUCGGUAAGACUAAAAACUUCCUAGCUAAGUAGUACUGUACGCUCUUGAAUAAAUUACCCCCAGUUUACGGCCUACCUCCAUAUUGAGAGAAGGCAGAAUUAUUGUGUAACUUUCGUUGGAAAGUUUUUUUGUGUUACUCUGAGAAGUUUUAGAAUUGUCACUGAGCAGCCACCCGACCCCAAUCUAUUCAGUAACGGAUGGAAGGAGUGACUGUUUGCAGACACCUGGGGCAAUCCGUGCUCGUCUGUCAGCCCUAUCUAUCACUGUUCUAUCCCGCUCCAGCUCUGACCUCUAACCCCCCUGACCUGAUAGGCCAGUCCAGCAGAGGACCAGAGCCUUGUUAAUAUGCAUAAAUCCCCUCCUUGGGAUUCUCAGAUUCUGCCUAAUGGAUUGAACGGCUUGGUCCUCAUCCAUAUACACACAGGCAGCCUUAUAAAUACACUUGGCUUUGAUGAUGAGUGGUCAAGGGGAGGCCGGGAGUGGGCUAGGGGGUAUUAGGCAAAUGAAGAGGGAGGUCACUGGGUUAAUGUGUAUCAGUGGGGUGGGGGGGUGGGGGUAGCGUCCAAGCUGACACUGCACCACACCAUCUCUCUUGUUCUCGCUCUCAUUAGAAGUUAUUGUUGACCCAAGUUACUGCAGUAACACAUAGGUAGGUAUAAAGGUUAGAGAUUAGAGUGUGUUCUUUAUAUUAAUUUAUAGUGGUUUGAAUGAGGGGAGGCUUCCUGCAUCCUCCCAGCUUGUUGUUGAUUAGCAAUGUUAUUUUUCAUUCAGGUUUAUUAGCUAGAAGUGCACUUAAGCUUUUACAGGAACUCUGAACUCUACUGAAUUGAGCCCAACCAUGCUUUACAGCACUGAUUAAAUGAAAGAGAAAUCUCAGUCCGAGCAAUAUAAUUUAGGACAUAGUCUCCAAAGACUACAGCACUGAUACCAAUGUGUUAUCAAUCAUGUCCCUUCCCCACUGAACGACAAUCAUGAAGAUUAUCACUGUUGCCUUUUUAAUUUAUAAAAAAAUAAAUAAUUGCAACCUUUUGUCUCCUUUGGGUUUUGUGAAAGCCUCCUCCAUUGAGCGGCUGGCAGCCCCCUUGUUACAAAGAACAACCCUGUCUCCAACAGAAAUGAAACUGACUUAAAUGUAAUGUGACUAUCUCGCUCUGAGAAUCCCUCCACUCACACUAACUGAUCUGUCAAAUCUGCAUUAUUAAAGGCAAAUAUUAUGAGUUUGAAACGUGUAUGAGAGCAUGUAUUGCCUCACAGAACUCUGUAAUUUUGAGAGUGAUUAUACAUGUUCAUAUUGUCGUUUGCAUUAUCUCACAAUAAAGAACGCUGGACUUGA